UCUUAACAAACUGUCUAUAUGCAAUUUACUAAGAAAAAUAUCACAGCGUCUUCCUGACAUAUGAACAUCUUUUCAACAUAUGGUCACAAAAAUAUUUAACAUAUGUUGGUAAGAGUGAUUGAUUCAUGAAGUUUGAAAACUUAUCACUGUGCGUCAGGCAAUCUCGUUUGUUGUUUUAACUCGCUUUCGUUGACAAUGCCGAUGCCGGAAUUGUUUCCUUUGACUGAUUUGUUUGUAGGCUUCCAACAUUGAUGUUAAUCUGUCACUCAUCAUGAACAGUGCUGUGAAGUUUGGAAUUGGUUUUCUAAUAUUCUCUGUUGGAACAGAAUUGGCAUGGCAACUAUGGAAGAAAUACUUUAGGGAAAAUAAAGACAGUAAUUAUAAAAUUAUUACUGAAGUACUAAUCUUCAAUUCUGAAGGUGCUGAUUGUCGUACCCACUCGAUGACAAAUAUGUCCUGUGGAAUUUCCCAUUGUCCUGUGAGAAAUGUCAGAAAGUUACUGUCUUUUUUUGACUCCGCCAAAAAAACAUUGGAUAUCUGCAUUUAUAUCCUCACAUCCAAAGAUCUCACAGACGCAAUUAUUCGAGCACAUGAAAGAGGCAUUACCAUCAGGUUGAUGGUAGAUUCGAUAAUGUCAGAGAACAGUGCUUGCUCCUUUCAAUUAACCCGUAUCAGACGAGCAGGAAUAAAAGUACUUAUGCAUCGAUCUACAGUGAGUCUUAUGCACCACAAAUUUGCCAUAAUGGAUGAAAAGUUAAUGAUUUUCGGUAGUACAAAUUGGACCAUGCAAGCGUUCUUCGGAAAUUUUGACGCCACUCUGAUAACGAAUCAGACUGAAUUAGUCCGUGUAUUUUCAUCUGAAUUCAACAGAAUGUGGAAUGUGAUAAGUUUAUUCUAUGCCGAUUUAGCCAGUGAGACAGGACGAAAUUACAUAUAUUGACGAUAUUUAUUUUUUAUCAAAAUUAUUAUCAAAAUGUAUUUGCCAAUUGUGUUGCGCCGAAUAUAAUAUAAUCUAUAAUAUAUAAUCUAUCGAAUAAUAUUUUUACAUAUUUUUCCAAAUUCCUCUAUACCUCGUUGAUUUCUUAAUUCGAAAAACAAGAAAGAAUAUUCUGUCUUGGCAGUAGCCAGUGGUGGAGUGAUUGAUGCCUGUGGUUGAUUAUGAAUUUAGAAUUGACUGAGUGAUGUGUUGAGCAAUGCGACCACAGACCUCUGAAAAUUUUUAUAACAUAUUUAAUUCAUACGGAAAUUCAUCCAUAUCAUUUAUAUUGUAAAACGUUAUUCCUACCACUUUGUUACCACUCGAUACAUAUAAUGACUCUUUAGAAUAAUUCAACAAGUUU